AAAUUCCCCGCGUUCAUGCAACCCGCUAGGUUAAAGUUACGGAUUGCCUCAUCCAGGAACCUGACAUGUGUCUGCACUGUUGCAGGCGCGCCAGAGGUGGCACAGGACGUGCGUAUCGACUGUAACAGCAAUGAGAUAUGGGUGGCCGUGAAGACACAGUCCGGGGCCUUCAACGGGAUGAUCUACCCCAAAGGGCUAAGCAAGAACUCGAGCUGCAUGUCCGAGUUCGUACACCAGCGCAGCCCUGUGCGCUAUCGCCUGCCCCUGAGGUCCUGCAACACCAUGAGCACUGACCUUUCUGAUGGGGGCAUUGAAUACUUCAACACAAUUGUAGUGCAACCCCAUCUUAAGCUGGUGACGAAUCAGGGCCGUGGUUUCCACAUCCGGUGUCGCUACACCACUAAAGAUAAGACCAUCACCAACGAUGUCAAUGUCAGCAUGAUGGAUGCAUCACCACUGACAGCAACAGCGCCCAUGCCAGGCUGCACCAUGAAGAUCUUCUAUGGAGAUCCAUCUCUGCAUGAGGUGGCAGAGAAUGUGAAAAUUGGUGAUCCUCUGACUCUUGUCAUCUCCAUCGACCAGCAAGAUGCAUUUGGCCUGCGGAUAUCAGACUGUCUUGUGAGGGAUGGUCUUGGCUGGGGUGAGCAGAGACUCAUUGAUGAGGACGGGUGCCCGAUAGAUGGAGAGAUCAUGGGCCAAUUUAAGUACAGUCCCAGCAAGACGACAGCAUCUGUGCAUUUCCAGGCACAUAAGUUCCCGUACACAGCAUCUGUGUACUACCAGUGCAAUGUGCGGCUCUGCAUCAAGGCAGACCACGGCUGUGAUGAUGUGCCUCCAACUUGUGAGAAUAAUGCUGUGAGACGAAGGCGGCGCGACACUGAGGGAGACAAGGAUGGAGGCACCCCUGCUACUAUUGAGGUCUACAGUGGUCUCUAUGUCAAUGAGGCCACAGAUAUUAAGGGAGAUGUUAGUGAUGAUGUCGCCAGAGAAAAGACACCUGAUGACCCAAACAGCAUUUGCAUCUCGCAACGAAACUUUGCCAUUGGCAUUGCAAUUGCCGGCCUGGUACUCAUGUUGGCUGUAAUUGCUGCCAUCUUGAUUCUACUGGCACGCCGCCGACACAGGAAAGAGGCGUCCACUACUGGCAGCUCCAUCUACAGUGGUCCUUACACAAACACUGCAUAUAGCCACAGCAGCUAGGUCACUAAUGGUUGAUACCCUGUGGUAGAGAACUGAUAUGAUAAAAAAUGUUGUGUGCGGGUGUUUGAAAGUCUGUUACACUUACAUAUUUCCGCACACAAUUCAGCCCUUGCACACUUCUCCUUAUGACGGAGGGUGAAAGCAAUGGCAUGCUAUGACUGAUCUUAGGUUACAGCAGUGCCACAGUGGUGGCGGCUUGUGUCUUUCAAUACUGAAUCUUGCCCACACAAAUGAGACACUCGCAGAACUGCAGGAACUUGCAUCUUACUCUGCUUUUUCUCUGUUUGCAACAGACACUGUUGAUGUUACAAUGGCUUGGCAAGUUGUCUGGGCAUGAUGAAAGAAUUGUGCCAUAUUGACAAGGUGUCUUCGUGUAGUCUUCCACUAUCGCUGUUUUGUGUUACAUAUUUAAUGCAUGUCUAUUUUUAUACUUUUAUUUGAAUCAUUAAUUGAUGACAUUUGACAACAAAUCUGUUGGCAACUGUUAUCAAGGGAUUGGCAGAUGUCCACAUAACUCCUCAGUCCUUGCCUAUUGUCAAAUGGAUAUGAGCUACUCAAGUCGGGCAUGGUGUCGGUCCCUGAAGAAUAAAAUUGUUCUGAUACAUAUGAAUUUGUCCCGUCACACAGCACCCUUGGCACUACCUUCAGAAUCAGUAUUAGAAAAAUGGGAGUGCAAUGUCUUGUCAAAACUUUGAGUUUUGAUUCAUUAAUUUAUAUGUGUUUUCAUGUCAGAAAUCUCCAGUAAAUUUUAACAUAACUUAAUAAAUGAAAUCUGUGCAGCUGUUUAUCACACAGAUGAACAGAGUUACGCUUAAUUUUACUCUCAAGUGAAUAUUGGAUAGGAUCACGUUAUUGAGUACCACAACUGUUUUUUGGGAGAUGUGUAGUCAGUAUGGUGUUAUCUAGUGACAUGAUAGCUAACACUUUCCAGGGUUCAUCCCUAGCAAGAAUAAUUGGACUCUCCAGUCUCUGAACCAACCAUUCAUGUAUCCCAUUGACAAACCUGCAUAUCCUUAAUAAUUUACUCGUUUAUUUCAUCCUGUGUGUAUGUAGGAGCAAGUUAACUCAAUGUGUGGUUGGUGGUGGGUAUGAACAGUGCCACAUCCUUUCUAUCUAUGGACAGAAUGUAUUCAAUCACAUAUCAACAAGAUUAUGUUUGCGGAGUGCCUACAUCAGGUAGAAUUAUUCGCAUUAAAUAUAAGCAGAUAUUGUCAUAAAUAGACUGAUUGUUCAUCAUAUCUUUCUGGCAUUCAGUCUUAUAGAGACUACAGUAAGAAUUUUGUUCAGUCCAGGUGGGUGGUUCCACUUUUGACAUCUGUUCUUGUGCUUAAAGAAUAAGCACCACACCAUUUUCAGAUGUAUGGAGGUGUGUGGAGGCACAGCUCCAUGCAUUCUUAAUAUCAAUAGGUAGAGCUGAAUAGUCACCUUCAUACUUCAGCUGCUUAAACCCCUGGGAAAGAGCUACCAUACUUGUUGGUUAGGAGGCUCGGUGGGCCCCAGAGGUGGUCUGGACAUGGUGGUGAAGAGCAAACUCUAUCCCUGCUGGGAAACAUCUGUUCUUGUACCACAAUAAUUUUAAUUUUAAAAUGUCGGGGCAUCUAGGAGCUGAUUGUAUCAUCUUUUGUGUCUUUUUAGCACAUUCUGUAUCCAUUUCUCCAUCUGAGAGUCAGUUGAUUUAUUACAAUAUUGCGUGCUUCAUCGAAAUGGUGUGGAUGUUGAUAUAAAUGGAAAGUAAGCAGCUUUCAAAGUGUGAGAUGGUAAACCAACCAAUAGAUAGUUGCAUUAUGUAACAUGAAAUUCACUCUGCAAACUAUGGAUACAAACAUACUACUAUGA